UGCUAUCGUCCCAAUCGAAUCCAGCCAUUGCUGUCUCCCGUACAUCGCGAAAGGGAGCGCUGGAUUUAGAGCUCUCGCAUCGGAUAUCCAAAGAAAUCAGAAGGAGCACCGUACCGUUCGGAAGUAUUGAUUCGUCGCGAUGGUUUGCUGUUGCAAUACGAUCGGAAACUUAUUUCGACUAGUCAUCGUCGCUGGUUGCGCCUUCGCGGUAAGCAAGGGAGAUGGCGGGAUACAGAAUGGAACAGAGGGAGAGAGGGYCAUUGUUUGAAACCCACAAAAAAUACGUUCCGACUACUAACAUGGCCCCAGAUAUCUGAUAAUCCGGUCCUUCCUUCUCUUCUUUGAUUUUCUUCUCACUUGUGUUGRCUGUCUUUUGCGUGCUUUUAAAUAUUUCUACCAACGCGUUCGACGCAUCGGAAUAAAACUAGCUGGGCAUGCAAUGGCUCAAUGUGUAUUCGUGCGAUUUUUUCAGCGUCGCGGGCUCRUCGAUCAACGUGGGCGUCUGGUUCGAAGGAACGGAUGGCGUGUGCGACAUCGAGGAGAUGUACUCCGACGACGAUUGGGCGGUUGCCCUGGCCCGGUCCUCGCUGACACUUUCCAUGAUUUGUGGCCUGGCGUCCACGGCGCUGGUCGUCUUCGAGUGGCUUUUGUGCGAGCUCCCCUGCGCGUCGUGCAUCGAGGGAGCCGCAUUUGUGGGGGCGUGGUGAGUACCGUACGAUGCGACGCCUUGGCAAGUGCCAGGAGUGCAACCAUCGAGAGAGAGGCGCCAUCAAUAAACAGCAUGGUUCUCGUGUCUGAAAUUGUUCGGUUUGUUCGUCCUUGUCGUCACCACCUCAUGCGUGUUUGUAUUUCCUUCUGGUUCGAAAAUCGUUUUCGCAACGAAGGGGUUGCGGCCUGGGAGCCUAUGCGCUUUACCUCAUCGAGGCAUGUGGGGAUCUCAACGACCAACUGGGUGAUGAUAUGAUCGCCCAAUUCGGGACAACCGUUAUCCCCGACGGGAUUCGGACGGGGCAGCAGUGCGAGUGGGGCCAGGGCGCGACCUACAAUCUGUUAGCAUGCAUUGCAUAUUUUGGCUGCGGGAUCUUGCUCUGCUGUACACCGAAACCGAAACCAAUCUUCAAGUAGGUAGUGGAGUGAUAUGCGRCAACGAUGAUCAUUGUAUCCCAAGGAUCGCGGCCAAAAAACGAAUAUAAUAUGAUGUAUGGUACUGUUAGUGCUCUGUGGUUCGUGUUUGYCAUCGAUAGGGGAGAAAAUGAGCAUCACUCUAGAGACCAAUGACUGCGUGUUGAAUAAUGAUUUAUAAUGCCUGUAAUGUAUCCAAAGUGAAAAACGUCGAAAUUCCAAACGUCGUCUACGAAGGAGUAGAAUGGUACUAGUCGCGUGCUUGUUGAGAGCUGAACAUUAAAAGUUCCCAUCAUGA